UGCCGAGCAACACACAAACGUAAACAAAGGUGUAUGUGGAGUAAUUUACAACAGGUCCGACCGCAGCUCAGCCAAUCAGAAUCAAGGACCAGAACUAACCGUUGUAUAAGUGCAAAUUCAUUCUCGGCCUUCUUUCGGAUCGGCAGAUAAGAAACCCCACAUACACAGCAGCGCUGCGUUCACGGAGUUUACUUCAUUAGCUAUCGUUACACUGAGUCAGAAUGAGCGCUUCAGAGGAAAUCACGGGGAUCCUCCAGAACGUCUGGACCAAACUGCAGGCUCUUCCUCAAGCCCACCCGCUCACGCAGACGGCGUUUCUCAUCCUCCUGCUGUUCUUCUUGACGUUCGUGGCUCUGAUCGUGACUGGAUGUGUUUAUGGGCGCUGUGGCUGCUGUACGACAGUGAGCAAAAACAGAGUCUCGGCCGUCUGAAACAUGGGCUCAGCAAUAAAGAGGAAGAUGGCAGCAGACCACAGUGGGCUAAAAUAAAAUGUGAUGGUGGCACACACUUUAAGCUGAAUAUAAACAACACUCAUCAGCGACAGUGCUGAAGCAGAUCUUUAAACACAGAAACAAGUGUUUGGCUGAGAAAAAUGCUCCCCGUAAUUAUGAACGUUACAAAUAAACACCAAAUUCCCAACCUCUCUUCUUAUGGGAAUGCAACCACUAUGAACCCCGAGCCAAAUACUGUCCUCUGGUGUUUGCUCACACAACUGCAGAGAUGAAGAAACCAGAGGGGGACAGUUUUGUGCUGAUCAAAUGAUGCUCAUCAAAGAAUCCAGAAAAAAUUAAAACGUAUAAAAAAUGAUCAAAUAUACAAAAAUAUAUAUAUAAUAACUUGUGUAUUUUUAUAUUGUUUCAAAUUAUAUGUAUUAAAUGGAUAUAAAGUGAGCUAUAGGUAUUCAUGCAUGUUUGUUUUUGAACUUCACUAUUCUGUUUUAUUAAACAUUUAUUACAAUCUGAA